GUUUACUCUCUCAGCGUUGAGACGCGAGAUCGGCGACGGGCGAGAGGAUCGCCGUGUGAAGACGCGAUCUGUGACUUCAGUGGCCUAUAGCAGCCCGAGACCGGCGAGCGACAAAUGCUACAAGCGUACGACCGGAAACUAGGACUCAGCCAUUGAAAUAUGUUUUUUAAUUACGCGGCAUCGUUUUAAAUAUUUUCUUGAUUUUUAAUCAAAAUUAUUUAUUGUUAUGCAAGGAUAAAUCAUACCAAAAAGAUGAUUGUGAAGCUCAUCAUGAACGGGAGAGGCGAGCUUCAUACGGACACUAACGGAUUACAGUAUACAGGUUUCAUCUGAUUUCCGCUGGAUUUUGGAUUAUAAAGGUAUGGAGGCUCGUGAUUUCUCCGCUCAAGCACACCUCCUUUCCGAGCGGGCCACGCUGGUGCCUCGCGCCGCCUCUCGCAUCUCUUCCGGCGGCCACGGCCCCGUGCAGCACGCGCCUCACUUUCCACCCGGGAAAUAUUAUCCGUCUCACUUGCCGAUGACGGCGCACUCAGGCAGUGGACUAAUGGGCAAUUCCUCGGCAUCUUUCAUGGGGACGUUCCUGGCCAGCAGUCUAGGCUCUCCUCCCUCACAUCCACCACACCCCUCCAGGCCUCCGUCCUCUCCCUCCUCACCUCCUUACCGCGGAGGUCCACACUCCAGCACUUCGCAGAUUUGGUUCCCCCACUCACAUGAAGCAGUCCCAGGGUACCCUCGCUUCUCAGGGAGUCUAGCCCAUACCUUUCUUCCCAUAAGCCAUUUGGAUCACCAUGCCAACAGUGGGGUCCUCUAUGGACAGCACAGAUUCUAUGAUACACAAAAAGAGAAUUUCUAUAUAAGAAGCCUUCCAUCUCAGCCCUCACUAAUCUCCGCCAAUCAGAACAUUCAGCCCAUGUCAAGGGCAGGACCAGGACAACCCCAGGGCUCAUGUAGCCGAGACCGAGAUGUAGGCAGUGGAGUUAGCCUCCACAAGGGGCUUAAAGACACUAGCAUAGACAGAGGUGUGGUUACAGACUCAAAGGAUAAAGACAGGCCAAGUAAUAAACAGGAUUCUAAAGACCGCCAUCACCACAGUCACCACCAACUACCCCAUCAUCACCCCAACCAACCUCUGCUGCACCUACAACACUCAGUCAGUAUGGAAGAGAUGAACGGACACAAAACCACUCUGCCUUUGGGGUACAAGGAUCAUUCACAGAGCAUGGCAAAGCCUCUUAGUGCCUGUCUGCUUAAUGGUAAGAUACAGAAUGGGGACCAUGAGACUAGGGCAAAAGGCUCAAUGGCUACUUGUGGGGGAGAUGGAGCAGGUAGAGGUAAUGUAGGGUCCAAUGGUGUCCAAAGCAGACACAUCAGAGGCAGCAGUAAUGGGCGCUGCAGCAAAGAGGCAGUAAGUGGUGAGAUGCGCAUCAGUGAGCAGCCUCCUACAGACUGUCUGGAGCGGAGUCAGUCACUGCAACAUUCUUUGCCCUACUCAGUGCCUCCUUCAUUGUCCAUGGGCCCAUCUGGUGGAGGGGGCCAUCCAGGGGGCUUCCACUGUCUGCAGUUCCAUCCCGGUGACCCCCAUCACUCACUCCACAACCACCAUUCACACCAUCACUCAGAAGUUUUCUGCCCUCCGCCAGCAGCCUCUGUGGGACCCCAUUCCUUACAUAAUAAAGGGAUCAAUAACGGUGGAUGCAGAGACCCCAAGAGAACUGGAGCCACAUUUUUACCAUCUGAUUGUCACAUUGGGGAGAAAACUGGAGACCCUUUCCAGGUGGGCUCUGAGUGCCAAAGGCUUGGGGGUGGAGAAAAUAGUGUCAAAGAAAAUGGCAUGGAAAAGACUGGCAAUGGAGGGAAUCACAGAAACUGGCCCAGAAAACCACAGCAACCUCCAAACCAGCAACAGCCUCCUUAUAGAAAAGCAGAAAAAGCCCCAGACUGGAUGCACAGCCACCACCACCAUCAGCAGCAUCAACAUCAGCAGGGCCAUUCCCAGCAACACCAGACUGUGCGUUCCCACAGUGCCGAUUGCAUCAACAAUAUAGAAACAGAAAUUCCCUUAACAAAUCAGUCGAUUAGCAAUUCACAGCCCUACAGGGACUGCUCACACUCAAGGCCUCCAACUAUUCCCUCACCUCUUGCAGGAAAGAACAUGGUUCAGCAUGCAAGUGGAGGACACGGAAAUUGCUCCAUGCAGCGAGAUGGACAAAAGGUUGCCCGUAUUCGCCACCAACAACACAUUAGAGCUGGCCCAGAUACUGCUGUUGCAGACCUAACGCCAGCUAAUGGGAACCAGGACAUGAAAAGAAAGAUGGAAAUGUCACCUUAUGGAUACAACAACAAUGCGCAGCAUCACCCACAUCAACAGUCUGCAGUUGUACCAUGGCCCAUGCAACCACAUCAUAUGCACCCUGAAGAGGACCAGCAAAAGGCUUACAUGGAAUCCAACAGUGCUGCCAACAACAGACCGCCUACACAGCAACAUCACCACCACCAGACAGCAGGAAUGGGUCACCCUCCUCUUCCCCAUCAACCAGCUCCUUCCCAAAACCAACAGGAGGUCACAAGUUUGCAAGUACAAAACAGUGCCAUGAAGAAUCUUUUGAAGUAUAGUAAUCAGCAACCACUUCUCCUGUCCCAGAAGAGCCCGUUUGGAGGGCUAGGAAGCCUCAAAACAGGGUCAAAUGGCACCACCUGCUCUCUUCAGGGAGGCAAGCAAACUCUACUUUCAAGGAAAGGGCAAAGCCACGAAAGUGAGCGAGCUGAAUGUGGGGGACGGGGCAGAGAGAUAGGAGAGUCGCCACAUGUAGAGGGGGAAGUGCGACAGCCUCCAGUAGGGAUUGCAGUUGCUGUGGCAAGACAGAAACACCCACAAUGCCAAACCUCACUGAGCCAUCCCAACAGCCAGCAGGGGCGGGUUCACCUCACCAUGAAAGGCACUCUACGUUCCAUGUACCCAUCAGAUUCACAAGGAGAGAAUGAAAGGAAAAGAACAAGUAUAGAGCACAUUGGGCAUCGGUGCUCAGACAGAGAUAGAGAUACAUAUAUAAGGGAUAACAAGGAAACGGUGGAAUUUGCCCACAUGCAUCCCUCUAACAGUUGCCAUGGAGACCUCACCUCUCAUAUUAUGGUGCCAGGUGGCACUUCAAUGCAACCAAGCCAGUUAGGAGACCCGACUGCUCAUACUCACUCUGCUCACCACCACUGGAUGCCACACACAGGAAAUCCCUCCCUCUGGAUGACGGGUCACUCUUAUAGCAUUGGGCAUACAGCACUGCAUCAGAACCUCCCACCUGGGUUUUCUGCAGCAAUGCCUUCCCCGCUACAGCCGGUUCUGCCCCUGCCCCAGGAUCCAUCUGCCCAACUGGUGGUGCUGCCCAGUGAACCUGCCGCCCAUCCAGCCACCCACCUUGAUGUCAUGGAGCAGCCUGGUCUGUGGCCUCCAGUGUACAGGGCCCAAGGGGCUCACUCCCAUAUGCAGCAUCGUGCUGUGUAUCCUCGCUCACAGUUUCUACGGCAACAGGAGCUUUAUGCUCUUCAGCAACACCAGCAGCUGCAGCAUCAGCAACACUCCAGCCAUCAGCCACCAACACACAGAGCAGAAAACAAUGUGGAGCUACAGCACAGAGCUGGCCACAGUCAGGUGCAGAAGAAACCAGAGGAACACAGCAUGGAGCUAGAAGACAUGCUGUCUGACGCCAGGCCCCUUAAACCUGCCAGGUGCUAUGCUUACAGCACCUCACCCCCCCGGGCCUCAACUGCCCACUUGUCACCCUGCUGCCAGUCUCCUUGUAUGCGUCCUCACCCUAAAAGCACAUCGUCUACCCCCUGCUCCGCCCCUAGUCCCGUGGCUGCAACACCCCACUCUCCUGCCAUCAACCCUUCUCUAUCACAGGUGCCCAAAGUUGCAGAGUCAAAGGAUAAGGGGGUGGAAGGGCAGCCGCCACAGGACUACCCUCAGUCUAUAGAGCCAGAUUUGCAUCCUGGAUACACCUAUCCAGACAUUGGCAUGGAAUACAGGAAUGGACCCACCCCUCAGGAAAUUCAGUUGGCAGAGCCUGCUAAUCUGGUAACUGUUCAAGUUGAAUCAGUUGUGCAUGCCCCUCCAUCUAUCUCCACCUUAGGAGAAGGCCUGGAAUGCCAUGCAAUUGUGAGGCCACUUCAAGAGACACAAGACUCAACAAUUGGAAAAGAUGCAGUUAGUCUUGUUGAAAAGCAACCAGAAUUUGCACAUGGCGAGGAGGAUGUGGAGAAAGUCGUGGCAGUGGGUUGUUGUAAACCUGUAGAUCAGAAAAAGGAUCACGCCGAACUGCUCCUUUGCACAGUUGUUGAAGCUUCGAUCAAUGAACUUGGACAAGGGCCUGUCUAUUUAUCUGAAGAAGUAAUACAUCAAGAUGAUAUUAAGGUAACCUACAAGGAAGAAGUGGGUAAAGAUGUACCUCCUAAGGAGAGAGAAAAGACCCUGGAGGCUCAGGGAGCUCCACUACUAGAACAACUUUGUGUCUCAGAUUGUGUCUCCUUGCGUUCACCAAACCAGCUGUCAAACACCACCAACCAAUCAGAAGUUGCAGUAAUGAAAGAGAAAGAAGAGCAAAACAGCUCUCAGAGUCUUGUGUCAAGCUACUGGAGUUUGGAGCUCCUGAUUGCUGCAGCCUUCUGUGGAGAUUGUCCUCCUCCAUCUCCAGCCUCCUCUUCCUCACAGCAGAGAUGCAAUGCUCCACUCAACUCUUAUCAUGGCAUGGAAUUGCUAAGUGAGCUGGCUGAUCUUGAACGGCAACAGUACCACCAAAGUAAUGGUAAAACUCAAGGAGAGGAGCAAUGGAUUUUCGACCUACAGAGUCUUGCUACUUUGGCAACAGCCCGUGCCCUUGAAUUGGACUCAGGGGAGAACAGCACUAAAGAUGCUGAGAAGCAGUAUCCCUCUCGAAGAACUCUCAACCUACGCCGAAAAUGCAGCUGGACACCACGGCAUGAACCGGUUUGUCCAGUGAAAGGUGCUAUUGACAGUAUGGAUGGACAGGAGCUGGCCAUGAGGAUGAGGCUUGCAGAGCUGCAACAACAAUAUAAAGAGAAACAGAAAGAACUGGCCAAACUUCAGCGAAAACAUGAUCACCAGAAAGAAGAGAAUCCUCGUAGUCCUGCACGUCGAGGUCCCGGCAGACCACGCAAACGAAAAUUGGCUCCUGGCCUCAGUUCCGGGGUCCUUACAGAACCUCAGAAAAAACUCAAAUUAACGGGGGCGGGGUUAAGUCCUCUGACAGAGGAGCACCGGGCAUGUGGAGAUUCUCCGAAACAGAAAAAGAAGAAAUUGUCCAGUCAAGGGUUUGGCGGUCUAAGUUCCACACAGAUGAAGUUCCAGUGCUGUCGAAAGAUCAGUCUCCAUGAUCAACACAUAACACAGUUAAAGCAGAAGGCUUCAGGUGCACAAGCUUUGUCUAGACCUUCAUCACAGGACAGAGAGUCUUCCUCAGUGUCUAAGAGCCUGUACUCCAAACGGACAUACUCCAAACCCAGCACAGCCAAUGAGUCGGAGACCUUAAGUGAUACAGCUACCAGUGGUGACAGUGGGCCACAGGAGUCCUGGAAGAGGCUCAAACCAGCAGCGGUUAAAAAGGGAAGGAAGAAAAGUGCUGGAAAUGCAGCAGGUUUGCAGCAGUCACAACAGGGCAGAACCUUGCAGGACAGAAGACCGGAACUGGACGAGGACAGGGACACGUCUCCACCCGAGAGCGAGUCCUCUGAACAAGAGGAAGAUGAAGAGGAAGGCAGUUAUGGCAGUGAGGAAGGCAGAGACAUCAAAGCUCCACCAUUCAGGAAUCUGUCAUUCAGUUCAGCUAUCACAGGCCCCUCCCCUUUCUCUGUCGUCAAACUGGAAGCCAAUCAAAAGGCAAAGAUUAAGAGAGAACGACAGGAGCUUUAUGGCUCUCAGCUUCACUCGGUAACAGAAGGGGACGUGAAGGUAAAGCAACGCGGCCCUUGUAGAUCCGUCCCCAUUACGGUCUCCAAACCUCCGGGUGUCAGACGACGACCAGGCAGGCCCAGACUGCAGGACAAACGCUGGCCUGGGAUCACGGCCCACUCGAGUCAUUACAGAAAGAAUAUGACAUUUCCCAGCAGCACUGGCGAGAGGCUGAAGAGAGCUACAAGGAGGAGCUCCAUGUUAAGAGUCACGAGAAGUUUCUGGUCGACCGGGACUCCAGACACUGAUGAUAACUGUGGUACGAGGAGAACCAGACUUCGAGAGUCUAAAGGUCGAGCGGUCAGCCGUCUGUUCGAGAGUUUCGCUGCAGAUGACGGCUUUCACCUGGGUGAGGACAGCAGCUUUUCAGAUGAAGAUGAUGAGAGGAAGCAUUCAUCUCACAGCAGAAAUACUCCUCUAGCUCCUCCAAACUGUGUGCUUACCAAAGAGCUUCUGACCGAUGGAUUGAAAGUUCUCAUCUCCAAAGAAGAUGAACUUCUGUAUGCUGCUCGUGUGAGAUCUACAGAGUCACCAGAUCUCUACAGUAUUGUUAUUGAUGGGGAGAGAGGAAACCGAUCCAGAGUUUACUCCCUCAAGCAGCUCCUUCAGGAAGCCGUAUUGGAAGUUCGUCCUGACACCAAGACUGUGCUAACAGAGGGGACAAGAGUGUGCGCUUACUGGAGCGAACGUUCACGAUGCCUUUACCCAGGAUAUGUACGAAGGGGGGAUGAAGGCAAACCUGGUGGUGUUAUGGUGGAGUUUGAUGAUGGUGACAGGGGCUGGAUAUCUUUCUCCAAUAUUCGCUUCCUUCCGCCCGGUUACCAGGUUGAAUAUGCUGAGUCAAAUCAUGUGCUGGUCUCUGAUGGACAACCUGGCAAAAGCGGCUCCAUGCAAGAAAAUGCAUCUCUGAGUGAGAGGACACAAGGUACAGACACAUCUGAAGUUCAUGAGAAGCCAGUGCGAAGACCAGGGAGGCCUAAAGGCUCAGGGCUAAAGAAGUUUAUCUCAAAUAAUGUGCUGAAGAGUUCAGCAUCUGCUUUGUCCUGGACAUCAGCACCUACACCCAGGAAAAGAACGGCAGUUAACUUCUUCCAACUCAGCGGCUCAACAUCAAAGAAGGUCUCAAAAGGCAGGUUGGCAGAAACGUCUCCACGAUCUUCUGUCACCACGGCCACACCAGCCAAAGGGCUCUUUGGCAGUAGCUCCUUUGAGGUGGACUCAUUUAGUAGCAUAGCAAAUGGAUAUUCAUCUUUUGGCCGGACCUCUGGGAUAUCGCUGGAGGGCAAGAAAGCCUUUUAUGGCCAAAAGAAAAGGAUUGCAGAGCCAGGGCCUUCCCGUGGUAAAAAGGCUGAAUUUCCCAUCAAAUUGGAUCACGAAGGUGUAACAUCUCCAAAAACCAAGAACAGUAAAGCUCUGUUGUUGUUGGGAGCUUCAAGUUUUGGCUCCAGUGGUGUGGCUGGAAUAGCCAGGACAGAAGCAUAUUCACACCCGGUCCUCCUGGUCAAGAACAACGGCAGAGGCAACUGCUCCCGAGUGGAGCUUGUGCCAAAAGGGACAACAGUCCAGAGGAAGCCUUCACUGUCCUCACGCAUGGAUGAAUAUGGAGACUUAAACCUUGGCUGCCGCAGAGACUGCCACAGCUCUUACUCAGACAUAGAUGAAGAAGAGGAAGAGGCACAGAUGAGGACAGAAAGGUCAGCACUCGCUCCAGCUUUGGGAGGUUUAACCGCCGGCAGAUUUCUCUCUCGUGUCUCUGUGUCGUCGUCUUCCUCGGGUUCCUCGAGCAGCUCCACCUCAGGCUCUCUCUCCAGUUCCAGUCUGUGUUCCUCUGACAAUGACUCAUCGUACAGCUCAGAGGAUGAAGAAAGCUCCACGUUGCUGUUGCAGAGCUGUUUGACCUCGCACCACUCUCUGCUACAGACCCCUGAACCCCCUGCCGGACCUCAGCGUCACUCGUUUGUGGCCAAAGCUGUGGCUGUGUCAGGUUCCAAAAGCGGACAUGCCACCCACAGUGUUAACAGCAAGCCACCAAAGAGAAAAGAGUGUCCCAGCUCUCUCUUCAAAACCUCAAAGGACAUGGUUAAGAGGCAACGACUUUUGGCAGACCAGACCAGGUCCAAACUGUCACCUGUGUUGUCAUCUAGGCAGCUGUGGAAAUGGUCUGGAAACCCCACGCAGCGGCGUGGACUGAAGGGGAAGGCCCGGAAGCUUUUCUACAAGGCCAUAAUGCGGGGCAAGGACAUGGUUAGGGUAGGGGACUGUGCUGUGUUCCUUUCAUCCAGCCAGGCUCAUUUGCCUUUAAUUGGUCGCAUUGAGAGUUUUUGGGAGUCAUGGCAAAGCCACAUGGUUGUGAAGGUCAAGUGGUUCUAUCAUCCUGAAGAGACCAAGCUAGAUAAGAGACACAGAGAUGGCCAACAUGCCCUGUACCAGUCGUGCCACGAGGAUGAGAAUGACGUCCAGACAAUCUCUCAUAAAUGCCAGGUGGUCACCCAUGGGGAAUUUGACCGUUUGACCCGUGACAGGAAGGCUGAUGGAAACUGUCAUGACCUGUACUACCUGGCCGGCACCUACGACCCCACCAGCGGCCAGCUGCUUAAUGCAGACAGGAUGUCCUUACUUUGUUAGCACUGGGCUGUCUGUGAAUACUACUGAGUUAUCCAUUGUUCGGGGUCCCCAAAUAUAGGAGCUGGGGUGCAAAGGAUGUAGACUACCAUCACUCGAUCCACUCUGGAAGUGAUAGCCUAUGUGUAGAUGCAGCUUGUCCAUGGUCCUGAUUCUCUUUUGAGAUUAUCUAAUACACAAACUGUGGAUGUAACUUCAAAACGUAUUCUGAUCUAAGAUCACCAAAGUAAAACUCUUGGUUAGGAGAACAUGGCUCUUGACUGUAAAGACUUGAGCCAUGUUGAUGCCAGCGGUGAUGUUUGGGCUGUUCCCUACAUGCCACAUUCACAAUUCCAGGGAUAUUUAAGUAGAUGUAAAUCUAAAUAUAUAGUUAUGUAAGUUUAUUUAUGUACAUAUAGGGAUUUAUCAAGCCAUACACUUUAGUACCUCUUGACAUCCGUUCUUAUUCAGGUGUAUUUUACAGGUCACUUUGUGUGUGUGCAUAGUUUUUUGUCAUUGUUGUUUAUAUGUAUAUACAAAUCUAUUUUAUAUAAGUGUAUUGUACAGGGCUUAACAUGUUUGAUUUAUUUUUGUAUAAGUAGAUGAUAUUGUAGUUGUCUAUGAGAUCAUGUUGGACUGAAGAUAUUUGCAUUGCACUGCACAUGGCCUGCUGAUAUAGUGAGCGAGAGAUCGAGAGAGAAGUGCAAGAGAUUUUUUGUUACACAGGGGCACAUCCUUCUGUCAGAUGCACUUUUUAGAGUAUUUCUUCCUCAAAUGUCUUACUCUCUUACUCUUAUUCAUUGUUGCCUAGGUUUGCAGACUCGAAACAUUUCAUUUGAAAUCCAAGGAUGGUGAUGUUUUAAAUUCGUUCCACAAAAUCAUUAUUGUUAUCAGUGUUUAGAUUGAAUCAGGGUUUGAUCUAGAUAUAGGUGAAUGACACGAAGAAAUGUGUGGGUCACAUUUCACCCCAAAAGCAAAAAUAGGUAAUGUUUCCCCACAUUACUGUAAUAAGAGAGUGGAAGGGAAGAAAUGGCACAAUGCAAAUCUCGUGUUGAUCCUAAAAAUCGUGCUUGUUAUCUUGUUGGAAAACAUGCCAAAAUAUACAUUUUUAAAUAGUUACCCAAAACACUACUGUACCCGAUGCAUUAUUUUUUUUUGUUAAAUGCAUCCUGCACUGUAUUUAUAUAUUGCUUUAAUGUUUUGGCCAUUUGAAUUUUUUUAAUAGCAGCACCCUUAAAAGUGUUUUUUGGUAAAUGAGCCCUGAACGUUUUGUCUUAAUAAAACACACUAAAAACAAAAGAUGAUAGAUUAGUUGGCAUACAGUCAAACUGUAUUUCUUACUGUUAAGAGACAAUCAUGUCAACUCUUUUAAUGGCUCACACAAUCACAGCAUUGUUUUGUUGUGCCAAAAAUUGUCUUCAUUUCUUAUUAUGCAAUCUUCACUGUAUUGUACAAGUGUUAUAGUUUAAUUUGUGCUAGUGUUUUGUCAUAAGUGUUUAUUUAUUGUCAGUGUUACUGUUUAACACACAAAAAAAACUCACCAGGGGGGACAUGUCUUUUAUUAAGACAUAAUUCACUGCAGUCACGUCAUAGAAAGUUGCUCUGUGGCUUGAGCUACAGUCAGACCUUCACACCUCUCAGCACUUGGAUGGGCCGGCCCUGUCGGGGGAAAUGCUGUCUUUCACUGACCCACCCCCUAUUUUAGAUUUACAGAUGGACUUCCAAAAUGUCUCCUUUGCCUUGUUUGACUUGAAAUUUGCUUUAACGUAAUGUGCAUAUUUUGUCUAAAAGAAAAGCAUGUGCACUUACAGUAUGUUUGGAAUAGUCUACUAUUUUUUACUAUUAAUAAAGUACAUAUACUGUGCAGAUCUUCUGUAAUAUAGAAGACCAAGAUGACCUGCUGCAUUUGCCACAAUACUGUAUUAAACAAUGCAAUGCGUGCUACUUGAUUUAACAUAUCCAGUGUGUUAAAAGAACUAGAUUUACAUUUAUUCAUUUAGUAGGCAUUUCUAUCCAUACAAUCAAGAGAGCAUUUACAGUCAUUUCUAUACAAAACUGAAUUCAACACUAGUGUUUGAUCACCUGCUAAAUAUUACAGUAAUUGAACUAUUAUAUGUAAAACAGUAUUUACUGUGCAGUAUUUACCAAGUAAUCAGCUAGAAUAUAGCAUAACAUUCCGAACAAAGCCCGUGUUUAUGAUGCGUUAGCAGUUUAACGUUGUAUCUACCAGGAUGAUGUUUGAUCUGUUAGGACAUAAUUAGGUUUAGUUAUUUCUUAAACACUUUGUCUAAGGAAGGAUUAGAUUAGAGCUGUGUGUGUGUGUGUGCGCGCAUGCGUGCGUGUGUGUGUGUGCCUUUUGUAUUUUGCCUUUUACGUUUGAUUGUUUUGACACAGGAGGGCACUGGAUAGGGUCAUGUGUGUACUUGGCAUAAGUUAAGCACGCAUAUAUUCUGUCUGUAACUCUGAUGUUUAAACACAGAUUCGGAAUUGUUAUUGGUUCAAGAAUCAGUUGACUAAAGUCUUUUAGUAGAGAAGGAGAGAAGGCUGAUUAGAUCCUAUAUGAAGGUCAGAGAGGGUCUGUGGGUAUUCAGGUCAAUAAGAACAGGUGAAUGCCCAUGGCAAAGGUGCAAUACUACUUUGGCUAAAUAUUCAAAUAGCACUCAGCAUUUUUAAGCUUUUUACAAAAGCUGAUGGGUAAUAAGAAGCGAUAAGGAGGACGCAGGAUCGUCUGUCCUAUUAAUCAACUUAAUAAAGUGUUGUUUUGCUUUUUAUGUAAGAAAGUCGCAAGGUCUGUAUUUACUAUUUUGCUUGUCCAAGAAUCUAUCAGAUGUUCUAACGUUGUUCAUGAAAAACUGUGUAUCUUUAUAUGUUUAUUUUGUUUAACUGAGUCCUUUCUUACUUUCUUUCUUUGCUUUAAAAAUGUUUUAAAGAAUGUAAAUCUGUAAAGUAAGGUUUGAUUUUGAGGUAAACAUUUUCCAAAAAAAAAAAAAUUAAUAUCAACUGUAAACGUGGUUUAGUAUUCAAUUUUUUUAUAGAGGACUUGUGAAUAAAUUUAUUGGCAUAUGUCUA